UUGGAUAGGAUGCAUAGAGGAGAUGAUCGAGUGAGGGUUGCCUGAAAUCGAAUUAGUGCUUUUGGUUCACUGCACACACAGAUAAUAGUGGUACAGAGAUAGACGAGGGUUUCUAGGUUUUCCCAAAAUUCCCAAACCCAAUUCCUAAUUAUUUUUAUUAUAUUUUUUUGAAAGUCGCCCACUUUCACUUUCACACUAAUCACUUCACUUCCGCUUUCCUUGGGUCCUUUCUUCCUGCUAUAUUUUCUUCGUUCGUCUGCGAAAGAGAUAGUUGCUUUAGAAACAUCCUGAAAGCAGUCAAUGCAACAACUCGCUUGUAGGAGAGGUUUAUCUUAGUUAGAUGUUCUUGAUUCUGUAUUGGGGCAUCAUAAUAUUGUUGGUGGUGGUGCAGUGAGUAGCAAGAUGAACACAUAUAGCCGGCAUAAAGAGAAGAAUGGAAAAAGUAGCAGGGUUUCAGUGCCUGAGAAUGAUGAAGGAAGUGCUGCUCGAACAAGGCCUUUCAGCUUUGAAGAGAUUAUGCUUAGGAGGAAGAACAAGAACUUAACAGAAAAUGUCAAUGAGGGAGCUCUUGGAGGAGAAAUUAGGUCAAGGGAAGACAUCGUUGAGCAUGUUUCUCGUGGAUUUGAGUCUGAAAGAGACUACGGACACCUUAAAGAUUCUUCCCCCAUUGCUGAAAAGUAUCCAUCAGAAGAACCAGUGAAACAAAGUUCCAGAAACGAAGAGAAGAAUACUUCCUUGAAUGCUAAUUCUAGAGGUGAUUUUGAUAGAGGGAAAGAUAGUGGAAGUCAUGGCAUGGAAAUCAAAGUGAAGGCAAGACUAAAAAGUAUUGUAAAUGAGGUUAAAGGAGGGUUAAAUGACAGUCAAAUAUAUGAUAGGAGAAAAAAUGAAGUAAAUUCUAGAAAGGAAGAGAAGAAUACUGGGUUAAAUGACAAUCAAAUAUAUGAUAGGAGAAAAAAUGAAGUAAAUUCUAGAAAGAUAGAGAAGAAUACUAACAUAAAAGCUAAAUAUGAGGAUGAUUUUCAUAAAGGGAAAGAUAGCCGGAGUGGUGAGUUGGAAACCAAAUUGAAGUCUAGACCGCACAAGAUGGAUAGUAAAGUCAAAGGAGGCAAAUAUGACAGAGAAACUUUUGGUAGGGGGAAAUAUGAUAAGCUUUCAGCUAAUAGUAUCCCAAAUAAAGCUGAAAAGAGGCAUUCAAAGGAUAUGUCUGUAAAGGAGAGUCAUGCUGACCAAAGUAAAGGUAAUUCUGAAAGAGAAAGAAAGAGAAAAUAUGAAAACGGAGAUGAUGAGAAAGCUAAAGGCAGAAUUUCUGCUAAGAAACAUGAUCCAGGUAGGCAUCAUGACUCAGAUAUUUCAGAGAGAAAGGAUAGGAGAGAAUGGUCAAAACUACAUGUUGAAGAAUCUAGGCUGAAAAGAAGACGGUCUAGGAGUAAAGAACAUGAGGAUAGAAAUAGAAGGUCGACAUCUCACUCCCCAAGGGCAAACAAGCAUACAUCUUCUUAUAGGGGGGAGCAUAAACAGCUUCCUACACAUUCCCUGAAGGAUAGGUCUGGAAGACUGCAUUCUGACGUUGACAGGAGUAGAGUGUCAAAUAAUGGCUCAAGUAGUCAAUAUCUUCGAAACGAUGACUUUGCAAGUGGAAUUGGUGGCUACUCCCCGAGGAAGAGGAGAACUGAAGCUGCUGCUAGGACUCCUCCACCAGCUAGUCAUUUGCCAGAGAAGAAAAGUGCCAAGUGGGAUCUCCCACCUGCAGCAACUGACAACACAUUAUCUUCUUCAGUUCCUUCUAGUUUUGAGUCAUCAGUCAAUACUGUGUCCUCAAAUGCACCUCAGUUGGCUAGUGCUAUUCCUGUUACAUCUACCACUAUGAAGCCUAUGUCUGGGGUUUUUGCCAAUGCUUUAUCAACUAAAAAGUUUGCCUCCUUUGACUCUGUUCAACUAACACAAGCUACCCGGCCUAUGAGAAGGCUUUAUGUCGAAAAUGUACCUUCUUCGAUAUCUGAGAAAGCUUUAGUGGAAUAUAUUAAUGGUCUUUUGUUGUCAUCAGGUGUUAAUCAUGUCCAAGGAACCCAACCAUGCAUUAGCUGUAUUAUUAACAAUGAGAAGGGGCAAGCUCUUCUGGAGUUUCUUACACCUGAAGAUGCCUCAGCAGCUCUUUCUUUUGAUUGUAGUUCUAUUUCUGGUUCCACUCUAAAACUUAGACGCCCGAAGGACUUUGUUGAUGUGGCAACUGGUGACCCAGAUAAAUCAAUGACUGCAGUUGAUACCAUAAGUAAUGUCGUGAAGGACUCACCUAACAAGGUUUUCAUUGGUGGAAUUUCAAAGUCUCUUUCAUCAAAAAUGCUUUUGGAGAUUGUUAGUGCCUUUGGACCUUUGAAAGCAUACCACUUUGAGAUCAAUGAAGAUUUGAAUGAACCAUGUGCUUUUCUAGAGUAUGCGGAUCAAUCAGUUACCGUCAAAGCUUGUGCGGGUCUAAAUGGAAUGAAGUUGGGGGGCAAAGUGUUGACUGUUCUUCAGGCAGUUCAUGGUGCAGCAUCCUUGGAAAAUACUGCUGGAAGUUCACUGUAUAAGAUCCCAGAGCAUGCAAAGCCACUUCUUAUGCAGCCUACCCAGAUUAUAAAGCUCAAAAAUGUGUUCAAUGUAGAAGAUCUCUCUUCACUGUCUGAACAAGAAGUUGAAGACAUUGUUGAAGACAUAAGAUUGGAAUGUUCCAGGUUUGGGACUGUUAAAUCUGUUAAUGUUGUAAGAAAAGGAAAUAGUCAAAUUACGACAUCAGGAGCAUGUGAAAUCAUCAAGAAUACAGAAACUACAGGGUUGGAGCAAAACUCAGGGUGUGAGAUAAAAAAUGUAGAGACAGACACUUUUGAAGCGCAUAGGAAUGGUGAGGUCAGUGGAAGUGACUCAGUAGAUAACCUAAACAAUGUCGAACUUAAAGAAGACGGUGUGGCAACAGGUGAAGAUGAUAAACCUGCCGACUGCAUGAACACAUCUAGUAGCAUUCAUGAAGAACUUUCCAACCGGUUGAACAGCCCAAAAGAGGUGUUGGAAUGCUCCAAUGACAAGGUUGCUGACACCAUUUCGACGGAUGACAUUGGCUCGGAAAACAAGUUAGUGGUUGAAGAAGAGUCGUGUUUGGAGGAGGAAGUUGAUGGUAAGGAGCAAAAACAUGGUGGUCAAUUGGAUGGUAGUGUGGGAGCAGAAUCACAUGAAAUGGGGAAGGUUGACAUGGAGGAUGAUGAUAGUGAUGUGGGAAGUGUUUUUGUGGAAUUUGGAAGAGUAGAAGCCUCUUGCACAGCAGCACAUUGUUUGAAUGGACGGCUUUAUGAUGACAGGAUUGUAACUGUGGAUUAUGUUGCUCCUGAUUAUUACAGGAAAAGGUUUCCUAAAUAAGCAUCUUCGAGUCGUUGAGAGUAACUCUAGGUUAUGUGUCCUUGGGCCAGAACCAAAAAAAAAAAAAAAAAAAAAAAAAAAAAAUCUUUUUUUAUGAAAUAGUAUUUUUACAUAGGACUAAUAAUUAAAUAGUAUUAUUUGUAUGGCUACUAUUAAUUAAUUUAUAUUAACACUAUUUUUUAAUUUAAA